CUCUCUCUGGGCUCCCUCUCUUCCAUACAAACUGCUCGGAGACGAACAUGAGCAGUGACGCGCGCUCCUGUGCUCGCGCUGAACGCGGUGGUCGCUCCUCUUUUGCGAGCCGGACGAUAUAACGGAGAGGAUCCACGCGCAGGGAAUAACGGCCACGCUUGCACGAGCCUUCCUGAGCUUGAACUCCAAACUCAGACCCAGGAUAAAAGUCUGGUGCUUCUUCCUCUUGCUCUUCUCCGGUCUCCUUAUUCUCCACGCGCGCUGAGAUGUAUCUCCAGGCGUUAGCGCGCGCCUGCGCCGGAUUGGUGGCCUGCACCCUGCUUGCCUUUGUCCCGCAGCCGGCCGCCGCAUCCCUCAGCCGACCUGCACAUGAUGUGGACGAGUGUGUAGAGACCACGGACAACUGCAGCAUUGAUGCUAUAUGCCAGAACACAUUCAGAUCGUACAAGUGCAUCUGCAAGUCCGGUUAUAAAGGAGAUGGAAAGCACUGUGAAGACAUAGACGAGUGUGGGACCGAAUAUAACGGAGGAUGCGUCCACGAGUGCAUCAACAUCCCAGGGAACUACCGGUGCACAUGCUACGAUGGUUUCCGUCUAGCACACGAUGGCCACAACUGCCUGGAUGUAGACGAGUGUUCAGAGGGGAAUGGUGGCUGUCAGCAGGUGUGUGUGAACAUGAUGGGAAGUUACGAGUGUCGCUGUAAAGAAGGCUUCUUUCUGUCUGACAACCAGCACACCUGUAUCCAGCGGCCCAAAGUGCGCUUGAAUGGGACAAAGGAAGGCCCCACGUGUAUGGACAAAAACCACGGCUGUGCUCAUAUCUGCAGGGAAACUCCAAAAGGAGGCAUCGCCUGCGAGUGUAGACCGGGCUUCCAACUCACCAAGAACAACCGCGACUGCAAGUUGACCUGUAACUAUGGUAAUGGCGGCUGUCAGCACAUCUGUGAGGAAACAGACCAUGGGCCACGCUGUUCUUGCCACAUGAAGUUCGCGCUGCACUCUGAUGGCAAGACAUGUGUAGAGGAAAGGAGUAUCCAGCAACCGCAACAUCAGCCACAGCUGUUACCCAAUGAGACGUGUGCGGUGAAUAAUGGAGGAUGUGACAGCACGUGUCAUGAUGCUCUAACAGGGGUACGAUGCAGCUGUCCAGUCGGAUUCACUCUCCAGCCUGACCGCAAGACCUGCAAAGAUAUCGACGAGUGCCGCAUGAGUAACGGCAGCUGUGAUCAGAUUUGCCGGAACACUGUGGGAAGCUUCGAGUGUAGCUGCAGGAAGGGAUACAAGCUGCUCACCAAUGAGAGGACCUGUCAAGACAUAGAUGAGUGCUCGUUUGACCGUGCAUGUGACCACACCUGUUUGAACUCUCCAGGCAGUUUCGAGUGUCAGUGCCACAAAGGAUAUGUCCUGUAUGGAGUCGCUCACUGUGGAGACAUCGAUGAGUGCAGUAUAAAUCGAGGCGGCUGUAAGUAUGGCUGCGUGAACACACUGGGCAGCUACGAGUGUACGUGCCCACCUGGAUACAAACUGCACUGGAACAAGAAGGACUGUAUCGAGGUCGUGAAGUGUCCGUCCAGCUUGGUGGCACCAAAAGCAACGCUCUCUUGCAGCAAGACAGGCAAAAAGGAGAGUUGUUCACUGACCUGUGCAUCCAAAGCACACUAUCUGGCAGAAUCUGACAACAGUUACACAGUCAGCUGCGGUGUCCGAGGAAAAAGCCAAAGUAGACUGAACUCCAGCAGCAGCCAGAGCUGCAUAGAGACUUUGGCUUCUCCAGUGAAGCAGACGGCCUCAUUCCGAAUCAAGAAUGCCAAAUGCCACUUGCACCCCAAACUCAGGGGACGAGUAGAAGAUGGAGGCAAGCAGAUUGGGCCAGGUGGUCAGCUCUGCAACAACUGCCAAGUCACCUUCGUCAAUCUCAAAUGCGAGUCCUCCAAGAAGGCCAAAAAUCGCCAGACACGUAACCCGGCUAACAAAGAGGUCACACGCAUCACGCUGGAACUAGAAGCAGAAAUAAAGCCCGGAGACACUACUGGAAACUGUGACCUUAGCUGUGUGAGGAAACAAAUGGAACAGAAGAUGAAGUCUUCCAUCAAAGCACUGAAAAAGUCCAUCAACCAGGAGAGGUUCCUGAUCCGUGUGGCCGGUCUCGAGUACGAAGUUGCUCAAAAGGUCACACAAUCUGCUGACAAACAGGAGCACUGUGGCCCCGGGAGAGAGAGAGACAGUGGCCGAUGUGUCAGAUGUUUGCCUGGUUCUUAUUAUCACGGCGAGAUGGAGCGCUGUGUGCAGUGUCCUCCCGGAACUUUCCAGGAGCGUGAGGGUCAACUGGCCUGUGACCUUUGCCCUGGAGGAGAUCGCCAUGGCUCACCAGGUGCUCGUAACAUCACUUCCUGCUCAGGUCAAUGUGCACCAGGAUAUAACUCCAGUGAUGGCUUUAAACCAUGCCAGCCAUGCCCUCGAGGCACAUACCAGCCUGAUCAUGGAAGAACACUCUGCUUCCCUUGUGGAGGUGGCCUCGACACAAAGAGAGAGGGAUCCAGCUCCUUUCAUGACUGUGAGGUCAAAGUAUCUUGUCCUCCUGGACAUUAUUACAACACCUCUGUGCAUCGAUGUAUCCGCUGUCCUGUGGGAACAUAUCAAACAGACUUCAAACAGAACUACUGCAUCUCCUGCCCUGGAAAUACCACCACAGACUUUGAUGGUGCAACCAGUGUUUCUCAGUGCAAGAACAGGGAAUGUGGAGGUGAAAUUGGAGAAUAUAUUGGCUACAUCGAGUCUCCAAACUACCCAGGAGAUUAUCCUGCUAAUGUGGACUGCAUCUGGACCAUCAACCCCCCAAGUAAGCGCAAAAUCCUCAUUGUCGUGCCGGAGAUCUUCCUUCCUUCUGAGGAUGACUGUGGAGAUGUGCUGGUGAUGAGGAAGAACUGGUCAGUGACCUCCAUAACCACGUACGAGACAUGUCAGACUUACGAGCGGCCCAUCGCUUUCACGGCUCGCUCACGGCGCCUCUGGAUCAAUUUUAAAUCUAAUGACGUGAACAGUGCACGUGGCUUCCACAUCCCUUACGUCACAUAUGAUGAGGACUAUGAGCAGCUGGUUGAAGACAUCGUGCGAGAUGGAAGACUUUAUGCCUCAGAAAACCAUCAAGAAAUCCUGAAGGACAAAAAAUUAAUCAAGACGCUCUUUGACGUCCUGGCACACCCGAAUAACUACUACAAGUACACGGCUCGGGAUUCAAACGAGAUGCUGCCGCGUUCCUUCAUCCGACUUAUCAGCAGCAAAGUCUCAGCGUUCCUCCGACCGUACAAGUAGCCACUAACGCUCAAAGGAUUUACGCUCUCGGCCAACUCUGACAACAGGCUUCAGUCUAAAAAGGGUUCAGCACACGCUUUGUUUAACAAUCCAACCGGGUUUUUGAAUUUUCCUCGCUUCACUAUGCACAUUAGGUUUUGAAUUUCUGUGCUGUUUAUUUUUAUCAUUCCUUUUCCGAUAAAGAGAGGGCGAUUUGGUGAAUAAAUUGCAUUGUACAUUUGCAGCAUCUGAGGGGUUUUCGCGCUUGUAGGUCUUGUCUUCAUCACCACACUGUGCUGUGUUGAUGUCUGUCUGGAAUAUAUCAGGAUAUACAGUGUAGAAGGUGUAAUAUUCCCGUGAGCACAACAAUUAUUUCUCCUUGAUCUGCCCCCGAAAUUGUUCUUUUUUUUGGUCCACAUGAAGUUUGGCAUCUUGAAUGAUGCACUGAAUGCCUUUCUCAUGCGUUUUUAGCAUCUUUGUGCUCACUGGAAUAUCGCACUGGGGUAUUUGGGUAGAGUUUUGUAGCGUGUGUGUGUGUGUGUGUGUGUGUGUAUGAAAGCAGAUGUGUCGUUUUGUCAAUAAGCAAGAUGUGAGAUGAGCUGAUUUACUUCACUGUUUUCUGGAGCACCUCACUAUAGCGUUUGUAUAUCCGUCGUAUUUCCAUCUUUUCAUCCCACUUCAUAUUGUAUGUUCAUUGUCAUUAAUGUCAUCAUAGUUCAGCUCUUAGAGCAUCUUUAAUCUUCCAUCCACGCUGUUAAAACAGUACAUUCCUGUCUGUCGACGUUGUAUUACUAGUUUUUCGGGUUUCAUAUACGUUUACGACCAUAUAUUGGCGUUAAUUUAACGAGGCGUAGAAUACGUAGUGCAUUAUAACGAGACUGAAACGGAAGAGUUGCAGUGAGGGACAGUGUUUAGCGAGCAGCUGUGCAGAGAAUGAGGCUGAGGUGUGGUUUUUUUUUUGUUUUGUUUUGUUUUGUUUUGUUUUUUUCCAGGACAUGCUAUUGCUGCUUCUUCAACUAAAAAAAAAAAAAAGUCACUUUAAAUCUGCUAUGAUAAAUUCAAGCCUUUUGACCCAAAGGCCCUCAAAGGGAAAUUCCACCUAAAAAUAUAUUUUUUGCAGACUUGUAUACAAUUCAGCUAACAUUAGGCUACAAACGAUAGGAAGUGCAUUCAUACCAGCCUUUGCUUUCAACCCCUUAAGUUGAUUUCUCACUGGAGGGUGUGGUCUUCACAGGGAGUAGGGCAUGGUCAUGCUCUUUGAUUUCUGAAACAGACUGUAUGCUGGCUGAAAAUCUCCACUGUGAAGAAGUAGCAGCCCACAUUACGUUUUUUUUUUUUUUCCUCAGAUAACAGAAAUGGGUUUUAAUAUAAACACAAAUCUCAUGUGUCUCAUUGCCCGCUCAAAUGCUCAAUAAUCACAGCAUGGAUAUGACACACUUACAUCAUCAUAAUGUAUGAUGCAGAUUAGUGUAUGCCUGUGGAUGCCUGCACUCAUCAUACACAAACUCCAAACACAUUAUGUGUGCCUUACGAAUGUGUUUAAUGUUCCCGUCGGUUAAAUGGAGAGAGGGGAGAAAAAAAAAUCGAACACACUUGAUAACACCAGGUGGCGUCUCUCCAGGUAGGAUUGUUUAUUUUUUUUUUUUAGUUUGUUUUAUUGUAUAUUGUAAAUAUUAAAUGAACGUAGACUAAUGUCAAGUCUAAGAGCUAAAGCCGAUCCCAAAUAACAGUCUCAUAUUAAUAAAAUCCCUUAAUAAUUUAUUAAGGGAUUAAUCUUUUAUUGCGCCCUCCUGAACAGAAACUCGAUUCAGCCGUUAAAAAGUGUCCAAAAGGAUUAAUUUUUUUUUUGUUUGUUUGAACUGCUAUGUAAAGAGAAAAUAUUUUAGAAUUUUUGUUUGUUUUUUAAUAAAAUACUUUUUAUGUGUUUAUAUUACAAAGAAAAUUAUUUUUUUGCCCCCAGUUUCUCUUCCAAAGACCAGCCCAGACGUGCAAUGUUUUAUUACUGAAAACAUUAAUUCUGCCAAAAUUUUUUUUUUUUUUUUUUUUU